AUUUCACACACUCUUCUUAACUCCCCUUUCUCUGCACUCUUCUCUAAUCCAACACACACACUCAAAAACAAAAAAAAAAUGGGUUUGGAUGUAGAACAACAACAAGAACAACAACACAUUUCAAGCCAAACCACAAACACUAGCCAAAUUCAAAACCCCAUUCCAACCGAAAACCACGCCAACGGUAACAUAGCCGUUAACACCACCACCACGACGCUCUCAAUCGUCGAGCCUCAUUCCCUUCUCCCCAAACCCGCACCUCCAACGGCCUCCAACCACCGAAACGGCGUCGUUCGAUCGUCGUCGUUCGGGAAGUUCCUCAGGCAGCGCAGCAACGACCUAUCGUCCGCAAUCGCCAGAGGGAUCUCCUCGCUGAAGCUGCAAUCGAAUGACGACGACGACGGUGUGACGGAGUUCAACCUCUCCGGCAUGAAGGUGGUGGUGACGGCGAAGAAAACCGACGCGUCGUUGGCGGCAACGGCGCGAGUGAGCUUCUUCUCGAGGUCGAAUUGCAGGGAUUGCGGUGCGGUUCGGCGAUUCUUCAGGGAGAAAGGAGUGAAAUUCGUGGAGAUCAAUGUCGAUGUGUACGCUGAGCGAGAGAGGGAGCUUCGAGAGAGAACAGGGAGCGCCACGGUGCCGAAGAUUUUCUUCAACGGGAAGCUAAUCGGAGGGUUGGUGGAGCUUAAUUUGAUGAGGAAGGGUGGGGAAUUGGAGGAGCGGCUGAGGGAGACGGCGGUGGAUGGCGGCGAUGGUCCGGCGGCGCCGGAGUACGGGUUUGAUGAGGUGACGGCGGAGGAGAUGGAGGAGGUUGCGGUGGUUAGGGUUCUGAGGCAGAGGCUGCCGAUUCAGGAUCGUUUGAUGAAGAUGAAGAUUGUUAGGAACUGUUUCGCUGGGAGUGAAUUGGUGGAGCUUCUCGUUCGUCACCAUGGUUGUGAUUCUUCCAAGGCUGUUGAGAUCGGGAAAGAGUUAUGCAAGAAGCAUUUCAUCCAUCAUGUUUUCGGGGAAAAUGAUUUCGAAGAGGGAAACCACUUCUAUCGAUUCCUAGAACAUGAACCGUUUAUCUCCAAAUGCUUUAAUUUUCGCGUCUCCACUAAUGAUAGUGAACCGAAGAGUGCAGCCGCAGUUUUUGAUAGGCUCACCAAGAUUAUGUAUGCCAUUCUUGAGUCUUAUGCUUCUGAUGACAGGCGGCAUGUUGAUUAUGCAGGCAUUAGCAAAAGUGAGGAAUUUAGGAGGUAUGUGAACAUGACCCAAGAUCUGCAGAGGGUGGAUCUUUUGGAACUAUCAGAAAAAGAGAAGCUUGCCUAUUUCUUAAACUUGUAUAAUGCCAUGGUCAUCCAUGCCGUUAUUAGAGUAGGGUGUGAAGAAGGUCUAGUUACUAGGAGAUCUUUCUCUGAUUUCCACUAUUUGAUUGGAGGACAUGCUUACUCUCUAAGUACUAUAAAAAAUGGUAUCAUUAGAAGCAAUAGGAGGUCACCAUACUCCUUGGUCAAGCCCUUUGGCACAGGAGACAGGCAGUUAGAGCAUUCUCUUACCAAAAUGAAUCCUCUAGUUCACUUUGGACUAUGUAAUGGUACAAAGUCUAGCCCAAAGGUGAGGUUUUUCUCACCCUAUAGAGUUGCAGAAGAAUUGAGAUGUGCUGCUAGAGAGUUCUUUGAGAGUGAUGGCAUUGAAGUAGACCUGGAAAAGAGGACUAUUCAUCUCACUCCAAUUUUCAAGUGGUAUUCUAUGGAUUUUGGACAAGAGAAAAACAUAGUAAAGUGGAUAAUAAAUUACUUGGAUGCAAAUAAAGCUGGUCUUUUGACACAUCUUUUAGCUGAUGGUGGUCCUGUUAAUAUAUCAUACAAGAAUUACGAUUGGUCAAUAAAUUCUUGAACACUAGUAAGUGCGUGUUUUGAAAUCCUUUUCUAAUUGAUUCUGAAGCUUAAUCCAAUUAUGAGGAGAAGCUUCUAUAAGUAGAUUUUGGGUGUCAUAGUAAACUCGUAGAAAAAGAAGCUGAUCCAAUCAUGCUAUAUUUGAUUCAGCUCCUGUAGCCACUGAAUUUACGAGAAGUCUAUUGUACAUAUCUCAGGUUUUGAUUUCUUAAUGAUUUGAAUUUUGAAACAAAGAAUUUGAUUGAUAUCACACUGAAAUAGAGAAUAUAGAUGAGGUAUUACUCUUA